AUGGCGGCAGAUGAAACAUCUCCUCUUCUCCCAACUGUCGAGCAAAGCAACACGCAUCAAAAAGAGGACACAAUGAGCAGCUCCCUCCUGUGGAAGACGGGCGCCAUCUUCGGCGCAACCGCCGUCGGACUCGGAGCCUUCGGCGCCCAUGGGCUUAAGAAACACAUCUCGGAUCCUCAAAAGUUGGCCAACUGGUCCACCGCAGCUCAAUACCAGCUCGUCCACUCGGUCGCCCUGCUGAUGGCCAGCAACAAUCCCGUCGCCGGCACCCUCUUCACCGCCGGCAUGGCCAUGUUCAGCGGUAGCUUGUAUGCCCUGUCCCUCGACACCGACCGCUUCCGCUUCAUGGGCCCCAUCACCCCGCUCGGGGGCUUGUGCCUGAUUGCUGGCUGGCUGGCUUUGGCGUUUGGAAAGCGCGGGGCCGCUAUCCGGUGGCCACGCUCCUAAGCGUUGCAGGGCACCAGGCCUUGGCUGCAUUUCGUGUAAGAUACUAGUAGGAAAGGUGAAUUAGCGACACUGGGCAUCUUACAGAAGCAAAUCCACUCAACCACUGUGUCUUGCGGUGUUGCUCUCCAUCAAAAUAAAGCUGGGCCAGGAACCCCACUGUGGCCAGCGAGUUUGCCGCCCGCAACCCCCGAGUGAGAACGAGCAACGCAUCGGCGAUGUGUCGCUCAUUGAAAACCUAAGUCAGGCACUCCUACGCUAGGUCAUGCCUACUUGCUGUUAUUUGUACCGUCCAUCAAUUCAAGCUCACUCCUUCCAUGUCGUUGCCCUUUGACACUG